GUGGACUCCACCAGGAAGUGAAUCCCUGUCUACCCCGGGUGCUCGUCCAUGUUGCAGUAUCUGAAAAGAAAUGGCCACAGCUAAGAAGCUGACAGACAACCACCUCACCUGUGGCAUUUGCACGGAGGUGUUCAGAGACCCUGCCACACUUCAGUGUAAUCAUACAUUCUGUAAGUGCUGUCUUCUGAAAUACACCAAAACACAGACUGAAGCAACGCAAGCUAAGUCCAUCCGAUGUCCCUCCUGUAGACAAAUGACGAAGGUUGCCAUCCCUGAUAGUCCAGUAGAGGAAUGGAUCAGUCAGCUGAAACCAAGCCACGUCAUACAGGGGCUAAUGGACGACUUUGGAGAAGAGGCCCGAGGUAUUGAUUGCUGCAUGGUUUGCAAAAGAGAAGGGGAGAUUACUCCUGCUACGUCCUGGUGUGCCACUUGUUCUGACAGCUUCUGUGAUAGAUGCCUCAAGGUACACAGGAAUAUGUCAUUGUCUAGUGAUCACGAAGUGGUAGAUUUAUCUAAGAAGGGCCAAGGAAAAUGCAAACGACAUUUCAUGUGUAAAAUCCACAGAGACAAACAGAUAGAGCUCUUUUGUAAAGACUGUACUAUUCCAAUUUGUACUUUAUGCUGCAGCAUAAACCACAGGAAAUGUGAUGAUGUUGUUACCAUAGAUAGUAUGGCCACACUAGUGAAAGAACACAUGACCAAAGAAACAAUGAAGCUGAAGGACAAAAUGAAACUCAAAACUGACAAUAUUUCAUCUGCAGAAUCUUCAAUAAAAAAGAUAACGGAAAAUGCCAGUUCUGUGAGAUGUGAAAUACAAAAAGUUCGCAGGGAAGCUGUGCAUUAUCUUAUGAGGAAAGAACAACUCCUACUCGACCAGGUUGACAGAUUCGAGGAGGACAAUGUUAAAAACUGGAACAGGUUCAUCCAAUCAGAGGAGAUUGACCUUCAGAUGUACCAACAACAGAUAAAGAUCACAACCAAUGCUGUUACAUCAGACUGCGAUGAAGAUAUGUAUGCCCUAUAUAAGCAAGCAGAUAUUACAUCUACAGAUCAAAUUAAAAUAUUGAAAAAGGAUGUAAAGAGACCGACCCGACACAGGAUCUCAUUCAGACAGAAUGAGGAAAUAUUUUUGACACUGAAUAACCUAAACCUUGGUGAUGUUAAGAAUCGUUCGGGCAUAUUUAAUUUUUCCUUUUUGUUUAAAAGGUGAUCACCUGCUUGACAGAGCUGUUAGAAUCUACAUCACAACUUCACUACGUUAGGCAUCUGCUAAACUGGUGCCUUUUACUAUUCUACAUUUUACUUCUCUGGAGUAUAACGAAUAAGACGUUAAAUAUUUAAUUGAGUCACUUUCUGUGCACAUCAGAUUUCAUGAAGAUGAGAAGAUCAAACUAUUUUGUAAAGAUUGCAAGAUGGGAAUUUACACUGUGUGUCGUAGUAUCAAAACGUGCUAACCAUUGACACCAUGACGCGUCAUAGCAGACUUAAUGUCACAUUGUGAUACUUCGACCUUUUUCUUAAAUGUUCUAUACGUUUAAGUUAUUUGUGUUGAAAACCGGAAGACGUGUCAACUGUAGUUUGUUUUGUGGCUGUGCUUCUUUGUCAAUCAGCCAAAUGUUACCCAACCAUUAAUUCCCUUUCCAUAGCUUCCCGUCGUGUAUUUAUCGUUUCAUUGUAUAUAUGUUGUGUACUUAAUGUUCUGGUACAGUGUCGUGGUACAGGUAUUAUCCUCAUUGUGUAUUUGUCGUUUACUGUGUAUAUGUUGUGUAUUAAUGUUCGGGCACUGUGUUACAUGUUAGGUAUGUAAUGAGUUUAUGGAUGUGGCGUCCACAGAUGAAGACAGUGAGGACAAGAGACCAGUAUCAUCCAGCGCUCUCUUGACACGUGACAGACAAAUUGAAGAGCUAAGUUAUAGGAGGUCUCCUCCCUUGCAAAAAGUUUACUGUGUCAGAGUUAUUAAGUCACGUGUGUGAUGUUGCAAGAUAGACUGUGACAGACCAUGUUUGACUCCUGUUGACAUAAUGGAGAUAAAAGUGACACUACUUACACAGGUGUGGCAAGGAAGCAAUUUUACAUUCAUGUUACGAGAAGUACCAAUGUGAUAGUCAGGGAAGGGCAGUAACAUUGUUCAUGUGACCAGUUAAGACAAAACUCCUACGCUCCCACAGGAGACAAAACUCAGCUCAGGAGAAAUCAUGUAUGUUGACAGCAGCGCCCACAAGGUGAUUCAAGAAUCGGGGCAGUUUGUCAGAGAUGUUUUCACAAAUGAUGGCACAGAGAAUCCUCGCGGUAUCUCCCUAGAUGAACAAGAUCUGCUGUAUGCCAGCAGCAAUCAGUGUCUGAAGGUAUUUAGAGUUGAAUAGUAGAUUAAUGAAUCAUAUAAUUGACUGGUGGAAGAUGAAAACUACUGUAUGCAAAACCUGCUUGUGAACCAUACAGAUUGUAUACAAGACUUUGUGACAGAUUAAGCGCAAGUAUCUAUGAGAAAUCACAGGAGGUAUACAAUUGUGUAAAAAUAAAAAUUACGAAAAUAGUUGCAGAUCUAUAGCGUAUCAAUAAGGGAUUGUAAUAUAAGGUUGAUCGUAACAGUAAUGAUUGACGCGGUCGAAGCACGCUCGCAACCUGAUAUCGAUAUAUUUAUGUAAUUGUUGCAAUUUGGCUGUCAUCGAUGUAUACGCAGUUCCAUGUACGCGAGUGGAGGAGUGAGUUUGGUAUAACGCUUCUUUGAGUAGUAUUACCGCAAUGUCACAGCAUAUCAGCUUCAUAUAGGAGGAACGCCCUAAGCGAUACAGGUCGUUUGGCAGUUUGUUGCCCAUGAACGUGUUCAGCGCUGACGAAACAAAAAUCAUAACUAGUACUAAUCGGGGAUUUGAUCUGACUUAACACGGGGUUGUGGCACGCCUAAUGGACAUAAUCGCAUAAGCUUAUGAAUAAAUAAAUUACGAAUGGUACGAACCCCUUUCUCUUUUGCAUUAUUUAAUUGUUGUUUUGAGCGACAUGGCUCAUUGGCGUUGAUAGAACUACUAUACUGUUCACGAUCAAAGAACCAUUAAACCCAAGUCAUUUACACAUAUCCUUAAAAGGAUUUUGAAGAGGUAUUCCCCUCAGACUUCGAUUUUGUUAUCUAACGAAUACAUAAAUGAUGCCAGUACUUCACAUUGUCUAUAUUUGUUUUAUUAUUAGACUAAACUGUCAGUCUAAAACUAGGAUGUGAAAGAUCUAUCUCGAGUUUGUUUUUUAUUUAAAAAAACAACCGAAAAUAUUAUCGGGACAGAUCAAUGACGAAGGAGUUGUUUGUUUUGUUAUUUUUAACGCUGCAUUCAGCAAUAUUUCAGCUGUAUACACAUAUCAUAGUUCAAAAAUGCGUCAUAUGAUAUAUGACGUUGAUAUACGCCGGCUUUCAUUCACAAGUUUUAGUUGAUAAACAUUAUGUAUUAAGCGCUAAGACUACGUUCGUGUUCCACCCGAAGUCUAUAAUCAGUCGGUGUUGCCUUUAUUCCCAAGAUCCAUUUUUUAAGCGUUAUGUGCUAAUCGUUAAGACUAAAUGUCUGGCGAGAGAAAUAAACAUUACUCCAUGAUAACAAGCUCUCCGAGAAAACCUUAUUUAUGUGAUUUUAGUCAUUUCUGCAUACUCAUGUCUUUCAAAAUUGCGAGGUAAUCUCUAAAUUCAGAUAGGUAUUGUGUAGGUAUUGUUUAACUUAGUUAUAAUUGAACAUGCGACCAUAUCAUGACCUCUAAAAACAUCAGUACGAUGGUAUAAAUAACGGCCUUUAUUCGUGGUACCUCAUUGAUCAGUUACACCGAAGAAAGACUGGCCACUAAUAGAUGCUCCUCUUGGUUGUUUUAAGAUAAGACAUGUUCACUUCAUAUAUAUUGUAUGUUCUUUCACUAUAUUCCUUUUUAUCUGUUUUCUAUUGCCUUCUAUGUGCUUAGGUCCUUUGAAUAUAAUCAACAUUUUAAAUUAGGCAUUAUUGAUUAAGGUAACAAGUGAAGUUAUUAUUAUAGUUAGGUUAGAUCAUGUAGCACUAGACAAUAAAACAAUAUGGUGUAUAUUAAAAUAGUGUAAAAUAUAAUAUAAUAACGUUCAUACAUUGGUUCAGCAAAUUAAAGUUACACAUAAUCGGGCUCGUGAAAGCAAAGUAAUUCUUGUGCACCUGUUGUCAAUCUUAUAUAUUUUUGAAUUUUUGCAAUCAAAUGUAAAUGAAUGUAUCCUUUAAAAAAUUACUGUGUGUGUUCAAAUCAUAUGAUUCAAACUACCAUGGAUGUAAUUAAUGUUUAAACAGCCUACUUAUGCAGCGAUGUAACCAUACUGUACACGCAAAACCCGUGAGCGCACAUAACACUUGUUCUUUUAUUCAUUUGCUCAUGUAUUGCUAUAUUUUCAUUAUUCUUAAGGUCUUUAUAUGUAUACAUUGUACACAUUCAAUGACAUGCCGUUCGGCAUAUGACUUUUGGUUUUUAACGGUAGUUUGAUAUAAAAACAUGUGGUCAUAUUAUGUAACAAGAAGAUUGAAAUUUUAUA